UCUGGAAGUGUGUGAGAGAUUAUAGCUGUGUGAAUACUGUCGUGUGAGGUGGCCACUACACUGACUGCUGCGCUCUCGAAGGGUGGGUGCUCCUUUGUACACAAACGAGAUCCGGGAGCUGCCUGUUCUAUUCCGCAAACGCUCAGAGGAAAACGGUGAGGCAGAAAGCCGUGGGCGGAAAGAGAAUUCAGCUUGUUGAAGACCCUAGGGAACUUUCACUCUUCACUUGAAAGGAAAUAACAUUGAAGGUUAAAGUCAAAGAAUUUCCUUUUCCAUAGAUUAGAUGGCGUCAGUGAAUGACUCUCGCCUUCAGCAGCAGCCUGCACAGAAGGAUGCGGCUGACCAGAACUUUGACUACAUGUUCAAGCUGCUGAUCAUUGGCAACAGCAGUGUGGGGAAGACCAGCUUCCUGUUCCGCUAUGCUGAUGACUCCUUCACCUCAGCCUUUGUCUCCACUGUGGGCAUAGACUUCAAGGUCAAGACCGUCUUCCGCAAUGAGAAAAGGAUAAAGCUACAGAUAUGGGACACAGCGGGACAGGAGCGCUACCGUACCAUCACCACAGCCUACUACAGAGGAGCCAUGGGCUUCCUGCUCAUGUAUGACAUCACCAACCAGGACUCCUUCAACGCUGUGCAGGACUGGGCAACUCAGAUUAAGACAUACUCUUGGGACAACGCACAGGUGAUCCUGGUGGGAAACAAGUGUGAACUGGAGGAUGACAGGCUAGUCCCCACAGAGGAAGGCCAGAGACUGGCCGAAGAUCUUGGGUUCCAGUUCUUCGAAGCCAGCGCCAAGGACAACAUCAACGUGAAGCAGGUGUUUGAGCGGCUGGUAGACGUCAUCUGUGAGAAGAUGAACGAGAGCAUGGGCGGAGAUGCCAACCUGUUGUCCAAUCACAGGAGCACCAGUCUACAGGACUCGCCUCCAGAGAACCAUGGGGGCUGUGGCUGCUAAAUCCCGCCUCACUUCUCCUCACAGCCCCACAACAAACCCUGGCACUGUGCGUGAAGUAUAGAGAGUACACCUCACAAACUACACCCCAGUCUCACACCCCCUAACACAGCCACUACAGUGAAAACCAUGAAGCAGCCAGCUGAGAUAACCAUUGGUCCCUUCCCCUCGGUCCAUCCAGCGUUAUCCCACAUAUCCCCUGCUCUAGUUUCUGUAUUCCCUGAAAAGGCCCCAUCUCUCUUGUGUACUGUGGCCUUCACCCCCUGGUCAUUAUUUUAGGUAAUUGUGUUCAGAGUUUAAUUAAUGAAAAUAUAAUAGUUUAAGACUCAAACAGAGCAGAAGGUGCUUUUGUUUUGGAUGCCCCCUGGCUAGGUGCUCUGCUUCGAAUGUAUUCAUUGGACUAAACUUCUCAGAAUCCAAAACCGGACAGAAAACAGCACCCCAAAACCUGAAAAAAAAAUCCACAUUUUUGCUGUCAUAUCCUUGAUCAAAAUCUAGAUGUAACUGUAAUUAAUGAAAUCAGAUGACAUCAUCCAGACAAUCACAAAACGGAGUUAUUCUGCUGCUUUGGCCUUUUGCUUCCUCAUUCCCUGACCUCCAUGCUUUACUCUGUGACACUGAAGAUGCUAUUUUGCCAUGUCCUCGGAAUAAUUGUGCACUACUAUUCUUGAGACUUUCUUAACCACUACUGCUUAUGGGAAAGAGAAGGUGAAAAAGUAUGAGAUUGUGCCAAACAAUGUUAGAGCAAUGUUGUGCUCCAGGAUAUUUGUCUGGGAGGAAGUCGUAUAACACUAGUGACACUGACACGCGUCAUGUGAUCUGCUCUGGCAUGUCCCCGCUCACCCCUCUGUGCUCCCUUCCUACUCAUUGUUCUUACACUUUCCAACCCGAUUGCACCAGGCUUCAACAGUGUCCUGUAAUCUGGAUGUGCCAGUGUAAACUGCCUGCAUUACUUGCAUGAUGUUACUGUACUGUUCUUACAUCUAAGUUACUGUCUAUGAAGUAGCCUAAUUAAAGUUAGGUGAUUGACCAAGCAUGACACCCAUGCUAAUUAAUUUUCCAAAUCAUAUGCUUAAACAGAAAGACAAAUGGUGCACCUAAAGCAUGUACAGUGCAUUCCAUUGUACUGCUUGGAUGGCUUCAGUAGAAAAAAUAUGCAUCUCUCCAACUGGACUGGAGAGACAUGCAUCUCCCUGGUCUCCGGCCCUCUGUUCUCACAGACACUGACAUUU